AUGAAUUUCCUUCCCCUUAUUUCGAGGCCUAGGACAAAGUCAGGGUUUGGCAUGACCACCCCAGCCACCGUCGGAGGCAAAAUUUUUCUCAUCUUUUACGGCCUUAUAGGAUGUGCGGGGACCAUUUUAUUCUUUAACCUCUUCCUGGAGCGGCUGAUCACGGUCAUAGCAUAUGUCAUGAAGUCCUGCCACGAGAGACAGCUGAGGAGGAAGGGGGCCCUUCCUCACGAUGGCCGGCGGGGCUCGGCGGGCUCCGAGGCCGACAGCCUGGCGGGCUGGAAGCCCUCUGUGUACUACGUCAUGCUCAUUCUGUGUGUGGCAUCGCUCGUCAUCUCCUGCUGUGCCUCUGCCAUGUACACGCCCAUCGAAGGGUGGAGUUACUUCGACUCGCUUUAUUUUUGCUUCGUGGCCUUCAGCACCAUCGGGUUUGGUGACCUGGUCAGUAGCCAGAAUGUCCAGUACGAGAGCCAAGGGCUUUACCGCUUUGGCAAUUUUGUCUUCAUACUCAUGGGGGUUUGCUGCAUCUAUUCGUUGUUUAACGUGAUCUCUAUCGUCAUCAAGCAAUCCAUAAACUGGAUAUUAAAGAAGCUGGACUGCAGGUGCUGCCAUAGAUGCCAAAGAAAAUUAUUUAGGUCACGGAGGAACGUGGUAAUGCCGGGAAACGUGCGCAGCCGGAGGAACAUCUCCAUCGAGGCUGAUGUUAUCAAUGAGAGCGACACGGACGGACGCCGGCUGUCAGGCGAGAUGAUCUCCAUGAAAGACUUUCUGGCCUCCAACAAAGUUUCGCUGGCCAUCAUGCAGAAGCAGCUGUCAGAAACUGCCAAUGGCUACCCGAGGCAAAUGAGCUGCAAUUCGAAGCAAAACGGAUUCUCCGGCGGCAUCGGAGCCCUAGCAAUUAUGAAUAACAGGCUGGCAGAGACAAGUGUGGAUAGGUAAAACUGACGAGAGUAACUAUGAAACGGUGUCCAAAAAGCAUAGAAAUAGCAUGGAGGAGUGGAAACAGCUUGGGCAAAGUGCCACGGGGGGAAGAGUGACGUGGCCAGCAUUUCUUCCACACAGAGAUCUCCCAGUCUUUCUUGGGCUGUUGGUUAAUAUCUCUGUUCUUUGAAUUGCACCAAUCUCAGCCUUCCUUCUUCCCCUUCCUCCUGAUCCCUAAGCAGACUACAGCAGGAGAGAUUUCAUUUAGCCUUUGUAUCAGCUUUCCAUGACCUGUUUUUCUCUAUGUGAAAUACAGGCUUUAGGAUAAGAAGUAAGUGAUAUUGGAAGAAAUCAAGAGUGUCCACUGAACACGUCUUCAAUUAAUUCAAAGAUUGUUUGGACCUUUUGGUCUUACACUCUUUGGACCUGUUUUCUGAAUGUAGCUUAUCUGAGACCAAAAGAGGAAUCAUUAUAAGCCUUUUUUUUCUGUGAUAAUGCAGAUCUAGUUUAAUGGAAUAGAAAAACAAAUUAUUUUCUUUUAAAACUUAUUUCUUAAAAUGUAUUCCUAUUGUGAAAUGGCUGUGCUUAAGAAGCCAAAUUCUGCUGCUACUAAUGUUUGUAUAAAUCUGGAGUAAUUCUAUUAAAGUUGGUAGAACUACU